GUGGGGCGUUCAGCCCAGCAGCGUCGCCUUUGCCUACCCACCAGCUUCGGGAAGGGACUGACUUUCUGGCUCCGCUGCCGAUCCUCCCGCACUACCUCCGUUCAAGAGGGGAUAAACACUGAGAGUUAAAGUCCAAGCCGGGCAGCGUAGCAGUUUCAGCGUUAGCGGCGAUUUUAAUUUAUUUUUAUCCCCCCCUCCCUCUCUCUCUCGCUCCCUCCACUCACGCGACUCAAUUGUUGCCGUUGGACCAAACGGGAUUGAACUUGAAACGAACCCGCAGACAUUUUGUUAUUUCUGAGAUUUCUUCUUCACUUUUUUCAUCCCUGUGGCGGCAGCUGGCUGCGGGGAGCGAGCCGCGAGCUGUGAGGGGGCCAACGGCACGAGGCGAAACACGGUCGGCGUUCACCUUCCGCUCCACUCGCGGGCUGCAUCCAAACAUUUACUGCACGCACGGCGUUAUUAAUUUACCUGCGCUGAGCUCGCGACGCUGCCGCUCGUGCGUUAAAGCGGAAAGCUUACAACGGCGAUGAAUCAUUUUGACUGACAGCUUUUGAAGAAUUAGCUAGCUUUAGCCAGCACUGAUGGUGCUUUCCUGCUCACGCUAAAGCAGUAAAUACGGGGUCGGGACAACCCAGAUAGCACACCGACUCUUUUGCCUCUCUAACGGCCGCAAAGUGCAUCACUUAUAAUCGGCUUAAUUUUAUAUUUAUUUAUUUUUUUUAAAAGGGGGUGGUGGAGUGGGGGGAGUCCCCUAGCUACUGUUAGCUAGUCAUCCUGCUAACGCUGGACAGCUCCUGUGUACGGCUGGGCUAGCUUUGGACAAAAGAAAGAGCAACGCAAGGGGAAAUAUAAACACCGUCUUUGGGAAGGAGAGCAACAAACAAGGAACUGACAUGAUGUUUCCACAAUCAAGGCACUCAGCCUCAUCGCAGCAGCUGAAAUUCACGACCUCUGAUUCCUGUGACAGGAUCAAGGAUGAGUUCCAGUUUCUUCAAGCACAAUACCACAGUUUGAAGCUCGAGUGUGACAAGUUGGCCAGUGAGAAGUCAGAGAUGCAGCGCCAUUAUAUCAUGUACUAUGAGAUGUCCUACGGGCUCAACAUUGAGAUGCACAAACAGGCUGAGAUAGUCAAGAGAUUGAAUGGGAUCUGCGCACAGGUCCUCCCCUACCUGUCUCAGGAGCACCAGCAGCAGGUCCUGGCAGCCAUAGAGAGGGCCAAGCAGGUCACCCCCCCAGAGAUGAACUCCAUCAUAAGGCAGCUCCAGGCUCACCAGCUGUCUCAGCUUCAGGGCCUGGCCCUGCCCAUGACUCCGCUGCCACUGAGCCUGAGCCAGCCGACUCUCCCUGCCGUCACCACCUCCUCUGGUCUCUUCUCCCUCUCUUCCCUGCUGGCCUCUCAAGCCCAGCUGGCCAAGGAGGAGAAAGCAUCGCGGGAUGGAGUCGACAGCCACCGUGAGGAGGAUGGAGACAAGUCUGAUUAGAUGGUGUUUCAGCCCUAUUCAGCUCUGUUUUUAUCCAGAGACCUGAAUCCCUAGAUUCAAACCCACUUGGCCUAUAGCCUCUCCCCCAGGUCUCCCUCUCUUUGACACUACCUAACAUGGGCUUCAAUUUCAUCUCUUCAGACCCCCUAGCCAACCCCAUUAUUGGGAGGUCUUUGGCACAUACCACCUUAUAUCCUGGUAUUCACCAUAGUUGGGUUGUUUCUAUAUCUUUUUUUUUUUUUAAGCCAUGAGACUGUCGCUCUCUUAUGUAUCUUGUAUCUUCAAGUGCUCUCUCUCUCUCUCUCUCUCUUUUUUUGCAUGUGAUUAAGCCACAUUUAUCCCUUUUUUUAAAAGAAAAUCAGGACUACUUUCUAUUUCUGUUUCUUCCUGCCUCCCUCUUGCUUUUUCUCUCUCUUCUGAUUCCUGUUGAGUUUCCGUGUUUUCCUUUCUUCUCCAUGCCUCUCUCUCUUCCUCCCUGUCUUCCUCCCACCUCUUGCCUCUGCCUCUUUCGUAGGUCCUUGUUAGACAGGACUGAUCCGUCAGACUGAAUGCACUGUUCCGUAGGUGUUAAAACAGAAAAACUGUUAAACACUUGGAUUUGCUGGCAAGCUGUAAAACUUGUUAGAUGCAACACAGGAUUCCUAAAAACUUCAUUUUCCCAACAUAAAGGUCUCACCAAGAUCAGCAGUGUUGAUAUUUCAUGGUAUUUCACCUCGCGUGUAUUCAUUCUAAGCUAAAAGUGGGCUCAAAGUUUAAAUGUUGGAUUGAUAAAAGAUCAGAGAAUUGUUUAAAUAAUGCCCUGGCUAAAGACAGAAGCGUACUUAAAAGCUAUACUCACUUUCUAAUCAAAAACCUCUGCCUUCAAAAGAGAAUCGGUGUUAUGAAAAGACAUAUCUGGGCAAAUUAGAGAUUUUGUGAGUAAUCCUAAUUUUAUAUAAAAUAAAAGCAUGUUCUUAGAUCCGACUUAAUGCUGAGAGCCGUCAGAGUAGAUAACAGACCCACCUCGAUAAGUAAUCCCCCGGACGUUUGAUCCUUGCCCGACUCUGUGAGGUACGUUGGAUAAAUCCACCCAGCACCUUAACUGAAAGGCAUCAUUAAACGGAGCUGAGGUAGCACAACGUGCAGCAAAGAGAAGUAACGCCACU